CCUUCCUUCAGUCUGCUGGCUGUGCAGUCUGUAGAUAGAAGCUCCAGCCUAUGGUUAACAAUGCACCCGGGCACCGUUUGCAGCUGAUGUACUGGCAUGAACAGGGAAGGAAUAUACCAGCCCUUGAAUCAUCAUGGCUGCCCCUAUUCAGUGGGCACGCUAUCAAUGGCAGAAUGUUGCAUCUUCAGAUAGCACCAGGGAUGGAAAUGAGGACUCUCCUCCGCAUAGACGACUCCUGGGAUUUGGUAGACAAAGUGGGAAGAAAACGACUAGACAUCGAAUUGUUAUCCCAUGUUUGGAUCACUUUAAGGAGGAGUAUGAAAAAUUAACCAAAGGGUACAAGAACAAUCGAAUAAGGACAACCAAAUACACCUUGUGGAACUUCAUACCAAGAAACUUGUUUGAACAAUUCCACAGAGCUGCAAACUUGUACUUCCUGUUUCUGGUCUUUUUGAACUGGGUUCCAUUAGUAGAGGCCUUCCAGAAGGAAAUUACCAUGCUUCCACUGGUGGCCGUUCUCACCAUCAUUGCCAUUAAAGAUGCCCUUGAAGAUUAUAGGAAAUACAAGCUUGAUAAAGUCGUAAACAACUUACUAACUCUGGUUUACUGUAGGAAAGAGAAGAAGUACAUUGAAACCUGCUGGAAAGAUGUAUAUGUGGGUAAUUUUAUACAACUACGCUGUGAUGAGAUUGUACCUGCUGAUAUGGUGUUGCUGCAGUCUUCUGACCCUGAUGGGGUUUGCCAUAUUGAAACGUCUAGUCUUGAUGGUGAAACAAAUUUGAAGCAAAGACAAGUGCUGAAAGGAUAUGCUGUGGAUUGCGAAUUUGAUCCUGAGAAAUUUUCCAGCAGAAUACAGUGUGAGAGUCCAAACAGUGACAUUGGACGAUUCAAGGGCUUUUUAGAGCAUCCAAAUAAAGAUAAAAUUGGCCUGAGUAAGGAGAAUUUGCUGCUCAGAGGAUGUGUAGUCCAGAAUACAGAGACUGUAGUCGGCAUUGUGGUUUAUGCAGGUCAUGAAACCAAGACCAUGCUGAACAAUACUGGACCUCGUUAUAAGCGCAGCCAGUUGGAGAGGAAGCUUAAUACUGACAUACUGUGGUGUGUUCUUCUCCUAAUAUUGAUGUGUUUAGUUGGAGCCUUUGGUCAUGGAAUUUGGUUGACUGGAUUUCAGGAAUUUCCUGUAUUCAUAUUACCAGAACCGGGUGGGCAGCAUACCCCUCCAGCAUUGGCCGGCUUCUAUAUGUUUUGGACUAUGAUAAUCCUGUUACAGGUGCUGAUUCCCAUCUCCCUCUAUGUGUCCAUUGAGAUAGUUAAAUUGGGACAGAUCUUCUUUAUCCAGAAUGACAAAGAUUUCUACUGUGAGAAAUCAGACUCUAUGAUAGAGUGCAGAGCUCUGAAUAUUGCUGAAGAUCUUGGACAAGUGCAAUACAUUUUUUCGGACAAAACCGGAACUCUCACAGAAAAUAAAAUGGUUUUCCGCAGAUGCAGCAUUGCUGGGAUGGAGUAUUCCCAUGAAGCUAAUGCAAAGAGAUUGAAUUCUUAUCAGGAAUCGGAUUUGCACAGCGAGGACCAAUCUGAUAUUCAAAGUGUCCCGAGGGGUAAUAUUUACAGCCACAAAAGUCCCAGUCCGAAGGUGGUAAGGACAGCUCUUAGCAGCAAGUCAUUGAGUAAGCUCUCUGCCAGCAGUUUAGAAGCAGGGACUGAUGUUGAUGGCACAAGCGUUUCUCCACACACUAGACAUGUGGCUUUCAGCAGUCCCAUGGAGACUGAUGUAAAACCAGACCCACGUCUCUUGAGGAAAUUUAAGAUCACACCCCACUGGUUGUAUCGGUCUGAUCAAGCUGACGAGGCAACCCAGGAGAUGUCUUAUAUUGUUGACUUCUUUCUUGCGUUAGCAAUCUGUAACACCGUAGUUGUUUCUUCACCUAACCAACCACGUCAGAAGAUGAGAAUACCAUCUAUUGCAAAAACACCUUUAAAGUCUUUAGAAGAGAUCAAGCAGAUGUUCCAGAGGUUCAGUGUUCGGAGACUGAGUUCAUCGUCCCUUUCAAGUACAAGAGAGUCUCCUUCUGAAAAUUCCAAUUAUUUCAUGAGCAAACUGCCCUUCUUCAGCAGGUUGAAGCUGGCUUUACCUACAACUGAAGGAAUGGACCAAACUGUAAAUGAAUUUCGGGCCGCAGGUACUUUAGACUUAAUAAAUGAAUUGGAGCCUGAUUCUCUGGAGAAAUCGGACCAUUUAAGCGCCUGCGAAGCUCUUGAUAAAUCUGCUCCCAGUGAGCUGUGCUACGAGGCAGAGUCUCCAGAUGAAGCAGCCCUGGUUUACGCUGCUAGAGCUUACAGAUGCACUCUGCAGUCACGAACACCUGAACUGGUCACUGUGGAGGUCGGCGUCCUGGGGUCCUUAACAUUUCAACUUUUGCAUGUAUUACCUUUUGACUCUGUGAGGAAAAGGAUGUCCGUAAUAGUACGCCACCCCAUUUCCAAUAAGGUGGUGGUCUACACAAAAGGAGCUGAUUCUGUCAUAAUGGAACUUUUGUCUUCUGAAGACAAAAAAACAGAAGUGCUGGAGGAAAAUAUCCAAAAACUUACUCAGAAGCAUUUAGAUCAAUAUGCCAAGUGUGGGCUUCGCACACUGUGUAUUGCUAAGAAGGUAAUGACUGAUUCUGAAUAUGCUGAGUGGUUACAUUCACACUUCUUAGCAGAGACAAGUAUUGAUAACAGAGAAGAGCUGCUGUAUGAGUCUGCUACAAGAAUGGAAACAAAACUUACUCUGCUUGGUGCUACUGGAAUAGAAGAUCGUCUACAGGAAGGUGUUCCCAACACUAUAGAGUCAUUACGAAAAGCUGGAAUCAAAAUCUGGAUGCUCACAGGAGAUAAACAAGAGACUGCUAUUAACAUAGGUUAUGCCUGCAAAUUGCUUGAACACAGUGAUCAGUUGUUUACCUUAAACAUCGAUAGCAAAGAGACAUGUGAGGCUUUGAUGGACACCAUUAUUGAAGAAAUUGAAAGCUGUAUUUCCCAACCUGAUUCCAAGAAAGGUUGCAAACUGCUCCGCGAUACUCAAAAAAUAACAGAAAUACACUUUGGCUUGGUAAUUGAUGGAAAAACCCUGGAGCUUGCAUUACAUGAGACCCUACAGAGUAAAUUUAUACAACUCACCAGCAAGUGCAGGGCUGUCAUUUGCUGUAGGGCAACACCUCUGCAGAAGAGUCAAGUGGUUAAACUAGUUCGAAAUAACCUGCAAGUGAUGACUUUGGCCAUUGGUGAUGGUGCCAAUGAUGUGAGCAUGAUUCAGGUUGCCGAUAUUGGGGUUGGAAUUUCUGGUCAAGAAGGCAUGCAGGCGGUCAUGUCCAGUGAUUUUGCAGUUUCACAUUUCAAACAUCUGAAAAGGCUGCUUCUUGUUCAUGGACACUGGUGUUAUACCAGGCUUGCCAACAUGAUUCUCUACUUUUUCUACAAGAAUAUAAUGUUUGUGAACCUGUUGUUCUGGUACCAGUUUUUCUGUGGUUUUUCGGGAACGUCAAUGACAGAUUUCUGGAUGUUAAUUUUGUUCAACCUGCUCUUCACUUCGGUUCCGCCUAUUAUAUAUGGGGUUCUUGAUCAAGACGUCUCUGCAGAGACCCUGAUAGGGCUCCCUGAGCUCUACAAAUCUGGCCAGAGAUCAGACGCUUAUCAGCCCUCGACAUUCUGGCUCACAAUUUUGGAUGCUUUUUAUCAGAGCCUGGCAUGCUUCUUCAUCCCAUUUUUUGCUUAUUUUGGCUCUGAUCUGGACAUUUAUUCUUUUGGAAACCUCAUAAUAACACCAACACUGUUUGUGGUUUUGCUACAUCUUCUAAUUGAAAGUAAAAGCCUGACCUGGAUUCACUGGACAGUAAUGGUUGUUAGUGUUGUUGCAUACUUCUUGUUUUCCUUGGCGUUUGGAGCUCUUUGUAUUAAUUGCAACCCACCCGCCAAUCCAUACUGGAUUAUGCAAAGGAAUUCAAUGGACCCAGUAUACUACCUCAUCUGCGUUAUGUCUGUAAUUGUCGCACUUUUGCCUCGGUAUAUUUACAGGGUAUUUCAAGGAACUCUGUAUCCCACUCCACAGCUGAGAGCAAAGCUGCUUGACCUAAUGACACCUCGCAAUCGCAUGGAAGCCAUUAAAAUCUGGAUAGGCACGAAGACUCCAGAACCCGUGGAUAAUGCAUUCUAUGCCACAGAUGGCAGCAUAUCUGCAAAGGAGAGUGAUGAGACUGAUUGCAUGUUACCUGAAGACAAAGAUCUUCCACUUCCAGGAAGCGUGGUGGUUGUAUAGCGGUGCCUUUUCUUUCUUAAUAGAGGGAAAAUAGGAACUCUAGUACUACAUUCCUAAUCUCUGCCAAACUGGCUUUUGGCAGUGUUUGGAAAUCUUAUUUUCUGGGAUUUUUUUUUAAAAUCUCUUUUUGAGCUACCAGUUGUCAGAAGGGAACGUCACUACAUUUUUUCCCAGAAUCUGAUGCAGUUUAUUUUGUUUCUAUAACAUUGGUUACGGUGGUGUUCUGGUUAUCGUUAAUAAACAUUUAACCAUUUACAUUGCAGGAGACUCAGUUGAUGUGGGGCUGGUCAGCAGCUGCUGUUUUUUUGGGGGGGAACACGACAUGCACACUAUGUCUCUGCCCACUACAUUAUUUUAUACAGUUUUUUUUUUUUUAAUUGCAAAUUCAGCUGGCAGUGUGUGAUGGCACAUUAAUUUAGAAAUUGGUCACACAUAUUUAAUAUACUGUACUCCCACACAAUGUCUAAAAGGUUAUUUUCGAUAGCAGAGGCAUGUCAUCACCUUUUCUCCUGAAUUUGCAGCGCUGUAUGCCAAAAGAUUAUAAGAGAAAAAAAAAAAAAUAUAUAUAUAUAUAUUCCCAUUCACGCAGUCAUCCGAGAUCGUGAAAAAUACUCAAAAAAUUAGAAAUGUCAUACAUGAAAAGAGUAACUGGGAAUAUUAUAUAUAAAAAAUAUCUUUGUACGAAAAGGAUCUACGUUUUAGAUGUUGACUCCUCUUCCGUUAACUGGGUGACGUGCUUUUAAUGUUGAAAGACUCUGCAAACCUCUAUGCAGAUUGGGUUAUUUAUAUUAAAUAACCCAUAACCCAUAUGAGAUUAGUAUAUUCCUAAAUACAGUAUUAUUGUUUUUUAGUACUCUGUCAUAAUUGAAUUUCUGAUGUUUUUUUGCAUUUUUUAAAACCAAACCAAAUUCAGUGUUAAUACGAAUGUUUCUGAAGGUAUUCUACUGACUGAUUUUAUUCCAGUAUUACCUGAUACCUGGUUAUCGGAACAUGUUCUUCGGUUGUGUUGGCAUGCUAACAGUCCUAGGAGUUCCUUGAUUUCACAAGGUAUUUUUCUCCAACUUUGUUCUCUUGUUUAUAAUACUGGAAAUUGAACGUUUAUGUUUAGCAGUUGUAUGCAACAGAGUUGUGUGAAGUCUUAACAUAUAUCUAUGAUUAAAAAAAAAA